AUCACCACCACACCUUGCUCCAGCUGGACUUGUCUAUCCGUUGAUCGCAGCGACCUCACAUUGCUACUCACUCGCACCCCUACUUCGUCGGUCUCCACUUCUCGCACCCAACUCACCCAGUGGUUCGUACUAGAUAUUAGUAAAAAAACUCUUAGAAAGGCCAUCAUGGCUUCCUCUCGUUGUCCCGAAGGUGAUCCUCCCGUCCUCUGCCCAUCUUCUCGUCCCAAUAGCAGCCUCAUCGGUUCUCUCAGACGAACUACUCAUCAAGGUUUUUCGUUGUCUCGAGCAAGAAUCUCCUAUUUUAUCCGACGCUCUUACCGACCAGCAACACCCUUCCGUUACAUCAUCCAAAUUCGAUGUCUCCUCCUCUCCCGCCGCCGCGUCUCCCGCUGUUUCCCCCUCCUCCCCCUCCCCCUCCCGAGGCUCCCACGUGCUGGUGUGUCGCCGCUGGCUUGGACUCGCGUAUGUCGCGAUCACAUCCAUCAACCUGCUGGAUGACCGGCCUCAGGAAUUGUUCGUCUCCUCUUCGCGGCUCAUCCGCAACGCUUCGCGAAUGCCGAGCCUAAACUCGGAGUCGACUCCUUAACGGGCUCCCUCUUCGGGAAAAUCGCGGACGCGCGUCCCCGGCUCGAAAGCCUAGAGCUGUACUGCGACUCCCUUGAAGCGGAAGACGAGUCCGAAGCUGAAGAGGACGCCGACGACGGAGCUCCUCCCCCGGGGCUCGAUAAGCUCUUCCGAGUGUGUACGCGUUUGAAGGAGCUAUGUUUCGAUUGCCCGCCUGGCAUCACCGCGCUCCCCGCCAGCGUGUCCCAUCUGGCUGGGCUCGUUCGGCUCAGCAUAACGUCAGACCACCUGCUGCACCUGCCUGAAGAGCUCGGCGCGCUUCACGCGCUGGAGUCGUUCUGCUUGCUGGCACCUCUGGUCGCAUCGCUGCCCAGCAGCCUGGGGGAUCGCUCCAAUCUGCGGAAGUUGGAGCUGGAGGAGUGCAGCGCCUUGGCAUCGGUGCCUGAAUCCAUCGGACGGCUCUUGAAACUCACCCAAUUCAAAGCCUGUGGCUCUGACGUCCUUCCUUCACUCCCCGCUACACUCUGCCACUGCACUUCCCUGGAAAUACUCGAGAUCAGCCUGGCAAGCCUUGCCAGGCUGCCCGAGGAAAUUGGGCAGCUGCAGGGGCUCCGUCUUCUGAAGAUCUGGUUCUGCCCUGAGGUGGAGGAACUCCCAGCGUCCAUCACACGGCUGUCCUCCCUCGAGAGGCUGUCCCUGGCUCUGUGCUCCGUGCAGCUGCCUGAAGACCUGGGGGAUUUGAGCAACCUGACAUCGUUGGAUCUGGAUACCAUCAACCUCAGUCGCCUGCCAUCCGUUCUGCCGCAGCUCUCUCGCCUUCGCCGCCUUGAAAUCUCUCGCUUUAAUCCCCGCUUUGCGCUGCCGGAAACAGUCAAUCUUCUGUCUGCCCUUGAGCACCUGGUUCUGUUAGGGUUGAGGAGUCUCCAGAGCCUCCCGGGGUCGAUCGGGCAGCUGCAGCGCCUUCAGACGCUGAAGCUAGAGGGCUGUGCUUCUCUCCGCGGACUGCCCGAGUCCUUGAGUCCUUCUCGCAGCUUGGUGCGUUGAAGAUUCUCAUGAUCUACCACUGCAAAGGGCUCUCCUUCCUCCCCCAAGAUAUGCACCGCCUGACGAGCCUUCAAAAGAUAACCCUCACUGGUUGCCCAGCGAUUCGCCAGCUGCCCGCCAGCCUCGCCCGCUGCCCCUCCCUCGUGCGCAUCUGUAUUUUCAGCUGCCCUGGCCUGACGGACUUGCCCGAGGAGAUUCGGCACCUGGUGGAGGGGGAGGAGGGUGAGGAGGAUGAGGAGGAUGAGGAGGGCGAGGAGGGUGAGGAGGGCGAGGAGGGUGAGGAGGGCGAGGAGGAGGGUGAGGAGGAGGGCGAGGAUGAUAGGAGUGUGGGGGAGGUUGAGGGCGAUAAGAGUGAUGGGGAGCAUGACGACGAUGGGAGUGAGGAGGAUGAGUGAUGAGGUGGAGAGUUCAACAACUGGCAUGCAGGAGAGUGAUCUGAUGGGGAAGACAGGGUCUCCAAGCAGAGGCGGGGAGGAUGGGGAUUCCAGGUGUGGGAAACGCAUGUGUCGGGAUGGGAAGACUCCCCCUGGGACUCCGAUUCUCGCUCCCCCUCUGAUUCAGAUUCCGAUGGGUUUAGCCCCAGGAGGGGAAGCAGAAGGGGGCAAUGCUGGAUUACGGAAUCCAGUCGGGUUUUGAAUCCCGAGGUUCCAUGCCUUCAGCUUGGUAGAAAAUCCCCUGUGCUUCCGAUGGAGUGGACUCAACAGGCAUCACUGCCGUGCCAUCAUCCCAUCCGCGCUCAUCCAUCGUGGGAGUGUCAUGCAAACCCAGGCUGGGCCACCGCAUGGGUAAGGAUGUCACGUACCAUCGGCACUGCUUGGCACAACAAAAACCCCUGCCUACCAUAUUCCCCCUGAACAGAACCCCCUGCAUGCCUGCCGUUGAUGGGAGGUUCUGUACACUUGCCUGCCUCUCUGGUCGCGCCAGCUACAAGUUUUGGUUCGCGUAAGUCCCCCCUACCCGUGCCACACACCCGCCAUGCAACCUCAUACCUUCAUUUCUGUUCUGCUCCUGCCGCUGCUCCCCCUCACCCAUCCACCCGCCAACUCACCCGCCCACCCACUCUCCCAUCAGCACGUUUGGCGUUGCGUUUGCGCGCGCAAGGGAGCGGCUGGGGGGGCAUGCGGUUACCGACAGAACAUGUUUGAGUCGGCGUGCGUGGUGCUGGAGCGCCCGCACGUGUUGCUUUCACCUCUUUGCUCGCGCCACUUUUGAGACGCCUCGUGAUCGACAUGGUUUGUGCCUGCCCCUCCCAUGCCUCACAAUGAGCCUCCUGCCUUCAUUUCUCUUCUCCCCAUGCUGCCCCUCCCCACACUCACCCGCCCACCCAUCAGCACGGCGUUAUGUUCGCACGGGAGGGGAGGCUGUUGGGAGGGGCGUGCGGGUACCGGCAGGACAUGUUUGAGUAGACGUGGGCAUGAGCCGAGCCUGGCUCGGCUCGGCUCGUUUUGGGGUCGAGUCGAGCCGGCUCGCUGCCGAGCCGGCUCGGCUCGCCACGAGCCGGGACCCCGAGAUGCCCGGCUCGGCUCGCCCCCAUGUUGGCAAGCCGGCGCCGGCUCGUCGGUGAGCCGGCUCGGCUCGGCUCGCCUUGCUGUUUUUUAGGGGUUAGUGGGUUUUUGGGACCCCUGUUUGAGGCCGCCAAGCCCUACCUAAACUCCUAACCUAGACUAGGUAAUGCUUUAAAACUGGCUAAGGCGCUCGCUAGGUACGAACGAUGUAGUUGCUGGCUAGGGCUAGUGUGAUUUGGGUGAGGAUGGCGUGGUAGUAGUUUGUGAGGAGAGUGUUUUGUCGAUCUACAAACUGUACCCACGCCAAUCCCCCCUAAUCCCCACAAAUCCCCCCAAAUCCCCCCAAAUCCGGAGGCACGAGCCACUUGGUUCGAAAACGAGCCGGGGGCGAGCCGGUUCGCCCCGGCUCGCCAUAAAAAACAGCAACGAGCCGAGCCGAGCCAGCCGACUCGACCGAGCCGAGCCGGCUCGGCUCGCCACGAGCCGGGUACAAAAAAAAGAGGCUCGGCUCGCCAAAAAGGCGAGCCGAGCCGAGCCGAGCCGGGUGUGGCUCGGCUUAGGCCCACGUCUAUGAGUCGUCGUGCGUCCUGCUGGAGCGCACCCACGUGUCACACUUCUUCCGCCACCUGGAGGAGGUGAUGAAUGACGACAGCGCAGAUGCACCGAACCUGGACAUGGGCAUGGGCACGGGCAUGG